AUGAUGUACAACAGCCUUGCCACCGCAGCUCUGCUGCUCCUGUCCGGCGCCGCCGACGCUUCUCCCCUCGUCGGCCGCCAGGACCAAGCGACCCCGUCCACCUCGGCCGCUGCCUCCGUCCCUACCCCCGCGACCCCCUACGACUGGUCCAAGGGCUGGCAAAAGACCUUCCCCAUCCACCAGUCCUGCAACUCUACCCUGCGGGCCCAGCUCGAGGUCGCCUUGGCCGAGACCCAGCAGCUCGCCGGCCACGCCCGCGACCACAUCCUCCGCUUCGGCAACGAGUCGGAGCACGUCCGCAAGUACUUUGGCAACGCCUCCACCGCCACCGCCGUCGGCUGGUACGAGCGCGUCGUCAACGCCGACAAGACCGGCAUGACCUUCCGCUGCGACGACCCUGACCGCAACUGCGCCACCCAGGAGGGCUGGGCCGGCCACUGGCGCGGCAGCAACGCCACCCAGGAGACCGUCAUCUGCCCCCUUUCCUUCCAGAUCCGCCGCCCCCUGACCUCCGUCUGCGGCCUCGGCUACAACGUCGCCAACUCCAGGCUCAACACCUUCUGGGCCACCGACCUCCUCCACCGCGCCUUCCACGUGCCCCUCGUCUCCCUCGGACAGGUCGAGCACUACGCAGAGGACUACGCCGAGGUCCUCGACCUCGCAAAGAACAACGCCACCCUCUCCGUCCUCGACAGCGACGCCCUCCAGUACUUCGCCAUCGACGUCUGGGCCUACGACAUCGCCGCCCCCGGCGUCGGCUGCUCCGGCGAGCUCGAGGAGGAGGACAAGAAGGAGGAGACUCCUGCUGCCACCACCACCCCUUCCUCUCCCGCCGCCACCACCUCCAGCGCUCCCCAGGAGUGCCACACCCACGCCGACGGUGCUCUGCACUGCGUCUAA